GGGAGUCCCACCGAAGGCUCCAAUGCCAUGGUCCGCACGGCGCCGUAGCCAUUUUGGCUCAAGGCAUGUUGGCUCAAGCCAAUUUGGCUCUCAAGUGCUUGUCUUCUCAAGCCUUCAGCUUACUGCAACGCAUUUGGUGAAAACGCCUUGAGAUGGAAUCGCGUACUUCCGCAGCGGGAGACUCAGAGCAGGGCUCUCUAGUUUGCCACAAUUCAAGUGACUCUUCAGACUCUUCAGACCUGCCCAACGAUUGGUUGGUAGAGGCCAUCAUGAGAACUAGCAAGUGUUUCUUCAUUUCGGGAGCACUCAUGUUUGCCUUCGUUGGACUUGUCAUCGUGCUUGAGGGCAUACCUGGAUAGAAACGUGGCAUUAACUCAUUCGUGCCAGCUCGAGCCCAAAUGCUUUUCUACAUGAUGGUGAUCACUUUGUUCACUGGUGCUAUGGUUCAGUUCAAGAUUGCUGGGUCACCCAGCCUUGUGAAAUCAAGCUCAAGCUGCAUUCCUGAACGUGCUAAGGAGAUUGCAAAGAAAGCUGUCCAGACCGUUUCACUUGUGUGCUUUCUCAAGGGCACAAUCAAGGAUGUCUGCAUCGCAUGGGCUUAUAGUAUAGAAUUGUUGACAGAAGGGCAACCAUUUCUCACUGUUCUACGGCGUGGUGCCACUGCAUAUGGUCUUGUUGUCCUUACAGGGCCGAGUGCUGACGACGUUUGGAAACUGUUUGGCCUUUUGUCCAUCUACUGGGACCGAUUGAAUUUCUCUGCCCUGCAUGAUUCAAAUACGUUGCACAGGUCAAACAUGACAAUCUAGGAGAAACGGUGCGAACCCUUACAUCCAAUCACAAAAAGAACAUGGAAGAAUCCCGCAGUUGUGAAGACAUGGAAGUAGUCCAAUAUUGGGAUCGCGGCGGAGGAGUUGCACAAGUUCCCGAUCACGAGAAGACUCUCCGAGACUGCAUGGUAUUCGAAAGGAUGGAAUUGGUCAUUCAGCAUGCCAACGUUCGUGCACAUUUUGAAAGAGGUGGUAUGUUGUUUAUGAUCAAAAAGACUCGAAACACGUCUAUCGAGAUUGUAGCGGCCUCCAGCGAGUGCCGCUGAUCUGGAGCGCUCCGGAUGAUGAUGAUGAUGAUGAUGAUGAUGAUGAUGAUGA